AUGCGGACGGUCAUCCAACGUGUUAAAUCCGCCAGUGUAUCGGUGGAUGGGGAAGUAGUGUCCAGCAUCGGGCCCGGCCUGCUCUGCUACAUUGGCCUGGGCAAGGAUGACAGCGAGGAGGAUGCCGCAUACAUAAUUCGAAAGAUCCUGGGCAUCCGGCUGUGGCCCAGUCAGGAUGGGAAGAAGCCGUGGCAUCGCAACGUGCAAGAUGUUGAUGGCAGCGUGCUCUGCGUCAGCCAGUUCACCCUCUUUGGUCGCUUGUCGGGGAACAAGCCAGACUACAGCCGGGCCCAGUCGCCCAAUACCGCACGGGAUCAGUACCAUGCUGUCUUGGAGGCGUUGGGAAAGGCCUAUAGGCCUGAGCGCGUGCGUGACGGCGUGUUUGGAGCCAUGAUGGAUGUCGCAAGCGUGAACGACGGACCGGAAACUGACACCCCGCUGGAGUUCGACGACUCCCGCAUUCUCGACAGUCCCGUUUUGGAUGAGACUUUCUAUGAAUCUGACGAGUUUCGGAUGUGGGAGAUGAAGGCCGCUGCGCACGACUGGACGACCUGUCCCUUUGCGCAUGCUGGGGAGAAAGCCGUGCGGCGGGCCCCCCGCACGCAUGAUUAUACCGGGAUCGCCUGCCCGGACAUGAAGAGGAACAACUCCUGUCCCCGCGGAGAUCGCUGCCCCUACUCCCACAACGUCUUCGAGUACUGGCUGCACCCCACUCGCUACCGGACCCAGCUGUGCAACGACGGGCCUGCCUGCCGGCGCCGGCCCUGCUUCUUCGCGCACUCCCUGGAGCAGCUGAGGCAGAGCGACGUCAGGCCCUUCGUGUCCCCACAGGCCCUGGCCCGUGUAGGCACCGAGGGCACCCUGCCCUUCAUGACGCGCUGGUCUGCCCCCGGGCGGCUGGCUUCAGACCCCGGCGAGGAUACCGAGGCGACGCUGGUCGCCCUCCUGGCGUCGCUCAAGGUGGAACGGACGCGGCACCUUGGGAACACGGCUUGCACGAACCACGAGGUGGUGAUCAGCACGCUGCACCAGGUGCUGCAGCAGGCAAAGCAGGCCCAGCGCAGUCUAGGGCACUCGGCCAGCGAGGGCGAGUCCAGCUGCGGCUCCCCACCCUGGACCAGGCGUCUGGAGGGGCGGGACCAGGUCCCGGCCGCCUACCAGGACCAUCUUGAUGGCAGGGGCCGGAAGGGCAGCGGGAUGAAUCCCUUGGGACUCAAUCUGAGAAAUUUCUCCGUGGCAGAGACAGACAGCGGCGUGGUAGGCUUCGCCCAGCUCAAGCCGCUGACUGCCUCUAGCGUCGAGCUGGCCUCCUUGGUCAUCCUGGAGAAGCACAGGUUUGUGGGAGUGUGA